AUGGAGAUUUUGGGAAAAAAGAGAAAGGGUGGGGUUUCGUGGGCGGAGUUGGAAGAGAAUUGUAUUUCAACAAUUCUGUCUUUCACAACUGUGAAGGACGUUUGCAGUCUGGCCGCUGUGUGCUCUUCUUGGAGAUUUGCUGCCGACACAAAUUUGAGAAUUUGGGUGGAUGAUUUUACUGGAAGGAUUGCUUCCAUGAUACCAGCGAGAGAUUUAUAUAUAGUUUGGGGUGAUGACAGUUCUUAUUGGGAAUGGGUGAGGCGGGACGACUCCAGAUUCGAGCAUGUGGCCAGAUUGCGCUAUGUGUGGUGGUUUGACGUAUGGCAACGUCUGAAUUGCAACAUCUUGUCUCCCAAUACACACUACACAGUGUCAUUUAUUGUUAGAAUGGAUAAAAACAGUGUUGGGUAUGGAAAUCUAUCUAGCCGAUAUGGGUAUGGGCAUCUAUCUUCCUUCAUCUUUUCAGUUGUAAGGCCUGAUGGGGUUCGAAUGGAAUCUGCUAGAUUUUUGGACGAUCUAGAAAAAUCAGUUGAAACCCAUGGGCAAGGAUUCAGCCUGACUCCUCUUUCACAAGAUGAAAAUGGCUGGAUAGAAUUUGUUGCUGGGGAAUUCUUCUUAGAAGAGCAGCGUCCCUGUGAAGGGGCAAAAGAAAUUGAGUUCUCUAUGAAAAAUAUAGACUGCACCUUCACUAAGAGUGAUAUUUGGGUGGACUGUGUUAAGAUAGAACCUAAGCAUUAG